AUGGGUUUAUACCAAGUAAAGAAUGAACAGGGAAGUGAUCCGAAAAGUAGCAGCAAGAUCGAUGAUCUCAUAGAAAACGAAGCAGAAAUUAUACGACUAAUCAAAGAAGAUGGCAAGUUACUGAUAGACAAUGGCGAUGGAAGAGAUAUCCAUAACAUAAUUCAAGAAGACAAGCUUUUAAGUGUAGAGUUUAACGAAGUGCUGAAACGAUUUCACGAUGGAGAAACUCCAGAGGCUCCUCACGAGGUGGUAGACGAAGAUAAAGAUGAUAAAUAUGACUCAAAAGAACACCACGAAAAGACCAUACAAGCAAUGAGCACAUUAAAUCACAUCAACAAUAAAGAAGUAAUUCCUCCUGAAAACUUCAGUCAUGUUGUGGGCGAAAUAUAUCGUAGCAGUUUCCCACGACUAGAGAACUUUUCUUUUUUGCAUGAAAGACUGAAGUUGAAAUCAAUAUUGGUACUAAUCCCCGAAGAAUAUCCGCAGGAAAAUCUAAGUUUUUUGAAGUUAGCGGGUAUAAAAUUAUAUCAAGUCGGGAUGAGCGGUAAUAAGGAGCCGUUUGUUAACAUACCGUCUGACCUACUAACGAAGGCGCUAGAAAUCGUUUUGAAUCCAGCAAACCAACCGAUACUGAUACAUUGCAAUAGAGGCAAACAUAGAACGGGGUGUCUGAUUGGAUGUAUAAGGAAACUACAGAAUUGGUCGCUAACAAUGAUUUUUGAUGAGUACAGGCGGUUUGCAUUCCCGAAGGCCAGGGCGCUCGAUCAGCAGUUCAUCGAAAUGUAUGAUGAUGACGAGAUUAAAAGAAUUGCCAGCGAAAACAAUUGGUUGCCUCUAAUAUGGUAG